AUGGGUGCAACUCUUGAGCGCCAGCGUGACUAUGUGUUCACUCCACCCAGUGUGGAGGAACGUCUACGUCAAGCGGCCGGCCAAACAUUGGCAACGUGGGUUAUUGGCCAUGGGCCUAAGACUCCUGAGGAGGUGGUGAGCUGCCAGUCACUUCGUGAGAGGUACCUAGAGCCGGACCUAACGACUCAAAGUCAAUACAAGGCACGUCUUGAUAUGCAAGCACGUCGUGCACCGGUCCCACCGAUUAAGGGUAUACUCAUUCUCUUGUCUGCAAGUGAAACAGAGAGCAAAGAUGCCAAUGUCCUCGUCCGCUGGGUGCACCGCAUACGUCGUCUCAGCAGUAUGUCUGCUCUGAGAAUUAGUGCCAAUGUGGAUGAUGUGCGUUUCGGACGCAAGAUUCGGUAUGGCUAUGCCAAGCUUAAGGCCAAAGGGCAAUUGCGUAAACCCUCACGAUAA